AUGCCUCAACAUCCACUGGUAAAUAAACCAGCACCCGCAAAUAUCACUUUAGAAAACCAAAAUGGAGAGCAAGUCCAAUUGUCAUCUAUUAUCGGACAAGGAAAUGCAGUAGUGGUGUUCUUUUAUCCAAGGGAUGAAUCUUAUGGGUGUGUUAAAGAGGUUUGCUCCUUCAGAGACUCAUACAACAUAUUUCAAGAAGCAGGUGCUACUGUCAUUGGUGUUUCUUCUGAUUCUGCAGAAUCACACAAGAAGUUCACGAGUUCUCAGAAGCUUCAAUUCCCUCUAUUGGCCGAUGUAAAUAAUGAAGCUAAAAAAGCAUUCGAGGUUCCGAAAACUCUAGGUUUCAUACCUGGUCGCGCCACUUAUCUGAUUGAUCGCGAAGGCAUCGUUCGUGAAGUGUUUAAUUCAGCUACUGAUUUUGCAGGACACGCGAAGCGUGCAGUAGAAUUUGUUCAACAACAGCAAGCGGGUACUGUGACCGAUCAGAAUGCGACAUCAGAGGAUACUGAGUCUAAAGUCCCCACUUCAUCAUAA